AUGAUGGAUCCAGUCCAAAUCGAGAUUGCUAGUGUCUUUAUCACUUGCGACGGGGCAGAUGCUGAGUAUGGCAAAUUUAUUCCCAAAGAUUUCGCAGAAGCGGCUGAUUUUAAAAAAGGGGCACCAGGCCCUGCGUGCCCAACCGGAAGAACUGCAACAUCUGAUGGCUUGUGUGCUCUUCCUGGUAGUUCUGGCUCUGGAUCUGACAGUUCUGGAUCCGGUGGUUCGAAAAGCUUCUCCCCAUCCGUCCUCUCCACUGGAUUGGUCGUCUUCAUCGUCUCGAUCUUGAACGUCUACUAG